UCGAUGCUUGUUUGCUCAUUUUGAUUGUCACUUUUUGUUGCCUGGCUUGCUUUGCUGGAAUUGUCGGAAAACUUACUCGCAACGAAAGUUUUUUUUUCAGUCUGCCGAAAAGUUUAUUUCACUGUUAACAAUGUCGAAGUAUAUUACAGAGGACAAUGCGGCAGUUGGAUAUUCAUCGGAACAAGAUGAGGACCUAGAUUUGCUGGAACCCAAAAAUGUUUCCGAAGGCAAUAAUCCCGCUGAGAUUUACAUCGGUAAUACCGGUAAAGUGGCGGCGAGCAAGUUUUUCAAUCUGUUCAGACGGUACGGUGCAAUCCGCAAUAUGACCAUUUGGCGUACUCACAAUCAUCUGUAUCAUGCUCGAAUCGCGUAUGGGCAACCUGUUUUUGCGCAGAAAGCAAUCGCAGAGCAGAACAAUAAAUUUUACAACGGAAAGCGGCUUCGCAUAUCAUUUGUUAAGGAUAAAAUCACGCUAAAAUUUGCGGCCGCGUUUCGGAUCGAUGAUCUUUGUGCCGAAUGCACAGAGGAAGAUAUAUACGAGCACUUUGUACAGUGCGGACCAGUUCAGUUUGUCGUAAAGACUGGGUUUUCUGCUUACGUUCAAAUGGAAACUAGUGAAAGCGCUCUUCUCGCUACGAACUUGGAAAUGAUUUUGAAUGGCGAUCCUUACACUCUCAGCAGAAUAUACUCAGACGAUCGAGUGGAUCAUGUUCAAGUGUUAGAAAACAUGAGGCGUAUCCAGUAUCCCAAGCCAUUUGUUAUGGUGGAAAAUUUUCCAGCUAUGGAAAAAGAAGCAUCAGUGGAUCUGUACAAAAGCUUCUUCGAGUCGAUAGCACCGAUUCAACACUUCAAGAUUGCUCCGACAGCCAAAGAAACAGUCACUUUGGCGCUUUGUGUGGCAAAAGCAGAAGAACGUCAUAUGCUGGUCGAUAGGUUUGACGGAACGUGUCACCAUGACAAAAAGCUCAAGUUAUUUAUCACCGGGGCUAGGGCGACAAUGACCAUUGAUCAUGCGGUGAUAUUUGCUAGUGCUAAGACGUCGGUUGUGGUGUCCGGCUUUCCACCCUAUUACAAGGAUUACGACGUUUGUAAACUGUUCAAAAAGUGCGGAGUAAUUAAUUUUCUUGAAAAGUUCAAUGGAAAAUGGUUGAUUUGCUUUGAAAAACAAUCUGCCGUGUCGCUGACGAACUUUUAUCAGUUUGUCAUCAAUAGAAAACAGCUGGAAAUUGUAAACCUUACACCAAUUACGAUUCCUGCACCAACGUUGUACAAGCUAAAGGAUUACACUGUACCACAGCCGAAAAGUCAAGAGCCAAAAUCAAUCGUUCGUCCUGAAAGACCCGAUAAUUUUAUAAUGAAAACAAUGCUAUCAAUUGAUCAGAAUAUUAAAAAAUCAACGGAAACAGUACCAUCUAUAAGCAGUGCGAAAACAAUAAUACCUCCAUCGGUUGUAAGCUCAAAACGUCCUGUCUUACAGCCAAACGUUUUCCCUAAAGCGCCAUUGCCCACACCGAGUACUGACCCAGCUGAAAAUGUGUCGGAUGAUGAUUGUGAUGCAACAUAUGCGAGUCCCAUCCUGCGGGACGAGCGAACAGUAUACAUAGGUAAUCUAGCCAAGCGGAUAAGCGAGGAUGAUCUUCGUGAGUUGUUUAGCGGACAGGAAAUUCGAGCAGUGUCACUGUCGUGCAGUGAGGACUCAUUCUUUCCAUCAUCUGCAGCGAUUAUUACCUUCGGCACAAAAGAAGGUGCGGCCAAAGCGAUUUCUAACAACCACAAGCGCUAUCGGGAUAAACGCGUAAUGAUUCUUCCCUCACGAGGGUCACAAUCCUUUAACUACAAACGAACUUUGAUGGUGAAAAACCUAACGAGAGCUGUUAGUGAAGAAGGUUUACUCAUAGAGGUUGAGAAAGUGUUGGGUAACAACAGGGUUGAAGAUGUGAUCAAACCUGCCCAUUACUACGCGUACGUUGAACUCAGUGGAAAUUUAACCGCAUUCUCGUCGAUCGAACGAUUGCGAGCGGCCUUCACCCAACACCAAAUAGACGUGUAUCCGUUAUACACCUCAGUUCCUAAACGAUGUUUGCUGUUUCAGCUAAUGCCGUACGAGCAAGUGCGAAUGCUUAACGGAUUGAAACCUGUAAGUGAAAUCGAUCACAACGACCACCACUUUGGAGCGCACAAUGCACACAAAUUAUUUGUGGGUAAUAUACCACGGGACGCAAUGGCCGAGGAUGUUAUUGAUUAUUUUAACAAUUUUGGCAAAGUUGUCGAUUAUGCACCGAUCGAUAAGAAGAGUUGUUAUCUACGAAAGUCGGCAAUUUUAAGUUUCAUUAAUUCUAAACACGCGCAAAAUGCCUACCAGUUGAACCACUUCUUUGAGGGCUCCCUAUUGGAUGUACAUCUUAUGGAUAGCCCUCCGUGGCACUUCCUACCGGAUGUGGGAAUAAUAACCGUGAAAUUCCACAGUCCUUUUUUAACGAAUGACGAAAUACGGCAAGCUUUCCGCGAUCGUGUAAAAUCCGCUAAUUUCCGUUUUCUGCGAUUCGAUGCAUACGAUGAUCGGGUUAACUUAGUGGUAAAGUACACCCAAACCGACAGAAAAGUUUUCAACUCCUUAGUCCAAAUAGAGCAAAUUAACCACGAGGCAGUGCUGAUAGUAGAUGGCCUGGAACUUUCCCAUCCCACGGCAACAGAAGCGCAGGAGAAUAGAAAAAUUUCACAAUCUCCAUACCGUCAGCAAAAGGAAAAAUUUCUCAGUUACGUCGUGUACAAGGAAAACCUCAAAGAAGAUUUGGAGAUCUGCACCAAAUCGAACAGCGAGGCGGAUAUUGCCUUCCAGCGAUUUUACAACGACAAAGCAAUACAAAUUAACAACGUGUCGUUGAGCACCACGGUUGAGGAACUGCGCGAUUUGUUCAUUAAAUGCGGUGAUGUAACGGAUUACGACGCCCUCAUUCUCGAGGAAGACCAAAGCAAAAUCUGCUUCAUAACGUUCGAUGUCGAUCUCGCAGCUGAUUUAGCGUGCACGUACAACCAGCGCAUGCUUCACGGAAAACGAAUUCUUAUACACCUAGCAAAAGAAACCGUCCGGGUGGAACGGAGCAAAUCAGUUCUGAUUGAGCAGCUUAAUUCGGAAACCUCAAGCGAACAUAUCUAUCAUGCCCUCAGCGAUGCUGGAGUGGUGAAGUACGUACAAAAAAUGUCCCCAUUUACGGCCAUCGUCUGCUUCAGGGAUUCGGAAAGUGCUAAUGAAGCGUUGAGGGUUAGGGUGAUCCAGAAUUCCAACAGGUUUAUAGUAAGCCCGUGCUAUGCCGAGUAUGACGCCCGCUUCUUCAAAAACUUUACUUUGCAACCAGAAAAUAUCUCCGCGGAUUUCCUGCAAAACGUCCUAACGCCUCGCUUACGAUCAGAAUAUCAUCAAUCAUGUAGGGAGCGCCAUGUGCUAGAAACACUACCAGAGGACGUACGAUUACAGCUUUUCAACGCAAUCACCGCGGCGCGAAGAACAAUCGUUAAUUUCGAUAGCAUGUCUAUUUCCGAACAAAUCACCGCCCUAAGUACAGGCAACGAGCCGUUCCUUCAAAGUAACAUUUAUGCUAACUUGAAUCAACAGGAAAGGGAUAAACUGUUCGAAAAAACAAACACCCUUCAACCGGAACGCACUGCCGUUGAAAAUAUCGAUGGUCCGUCACAGCCUGCAAAGCAGCCACGAGUAGAUUCUUCCACUGAUUGGUGUGCAGAAACACCGAACGUAUCAAAAAACGCUCAACUCGUGGCGCAAAAGCUUCCCUCUUCUGAUAUACUGUCGCUGUACAGCGGAGCACUAAUACCCCCCCGACUGACUGUUCCUCAGCAACCUGCUAUUAUAAUUCCACCCGUUUCUCAAAAUAUGUCAUUGCAUCCGGUAAGAAUGAUGCUACCAGUUAGUGUGCUGUCACCGGUAAGAAUGGUACCCCCGGUACGCCCUCAGCGUCCUAGUGGACCGUGGGUGCAACAGUUGGCUUCGUUGGCAUACAACGCGACAAUCCCAAAUAGCAUGAACCCACAUCGACCGCCUUAUUUUCGCUACCAUUGAAUUGAUAGCUGUAUGAAUCUGUACAAUCCGAUGAUGCGUACAUAUUCUUGGCGAGAAAUAACAACUGAAGUAAAACUAAAGAUGCGAAUAAAUGUAAAUUAAUCUUUUCAUUGCAUUUACGGAAUUUGAUCUGUAGAACAAGAUGAAUAAAGCGUGUUUUUUUUUUCAACUA